AUGAUUGAAAAAUCAAGAUUUUUACCAGAACAUUUACGAAAAAUCAAAGACCCAGUUAUCCAAAGAAACGGUUAUUUUGGUCAUCUUGAAAACCUCUUAUUGGCUAUGUUAGCUGAUAGUCGUAAAUCAGUGAGAGAACUAGGUCUAAGAAGAUUAUUAAAGUGUAGAACAACAGCAGGCCAACAAGAAAUACGAGAAUUCAAAUUGCCAGCUUUUAAAUUUGAUGCUGAAAACUACAUAGAUAUGAUUGACUGGCACUCAACAACAAUAACAGAACCUCCCUUAACAAAAUGUAUUUCCAAUAAAGAACUAAAAGAAAUGAUUUUGGAUGUUUCAACGGAAAUUCAAAUUUUAAAAUAUCCAUGCCACACGCAAGCAGUAGAAAGAUAACCUCAAGAACCAAAUCAUGACAACGAAUUUAUGGGUUGA